AUGAACGCCGACCCCCUCACAGGGCAGCCGCUGCCCGCUAGCGCAAUUCAGCGUGUCCUGUUCAUCGCGCCCAAAGUCCACGUCUACCAAAUCCCGCCCGCAACCUCCACAAAGGGCUACCAGGCCAGCAGCUGGACCGCAAACAACAAUAAGAUGCAGAUAUUUACCGCGCGGAUACGUAUCGUCGAGACCUCGAUCCCACCCGAGCGCGACGACGCCGACGAAAAGGUGUCGACCACCAUCUUGCUCGAGGAUUCCAAGACCGGCGACCUGUUCGCCGCGGCGCCAUAUACGAGUGAGCGCGCGGUUGAGCAGGCGCUGGAUAGCAGUCGGUUCUUCGCGAUCACAGUGGUGGGCGAGGGGCGGAAGGCGGUGUUGGGCAUGGGAUUCGAGGAGCGCAGCGAGGCGUUUGAUUUCAGCAUUGCAUUGCAAGACGCGCGGAAGGCGCUGGGCUUUGAAUCCAAAGCUGCAAAUCCCGGCGCAAAGCCUAUGUCUAAGCAGGAGGAAGUCAAGCGCGAUUUCAGCCUCAAGGAGGGCGAGACAAUAAGCAUCAACCUGGGAGGCUUGAAGGGAAGACGGCAGCGCCCGGAUGCAGAGAAGAGUCCGAAUGAGCAGAAGAGUGAGCAGGAGGCGCUGUUCAGUAUUGCACCGCCGCCGGGGAGUGGUGGGGCGAGUUUCCUGCCGCCGCCGCCUAGUGCGAAGAGUGUGAAGGAGGAGAGAAGGCGGAGUAGGCAGAACUUUGAGCCCACGCCGGAAGAUCUGGGGUUCGACGAUGGAGAAUUCGGCGAGUUUCAGUAA